CGGAUCUUUAACCAGCACAUUCCUCCCGAAGCUCCUGCUCGACACCAUGGCGUCGUAUCUCGACACAGGACUGCAUGAUCAGCUGCGCAAGCUUGAGCACAUCCAUUUGAAGCACCAAGUCGUGACCGUGUGGUACGUAAAGAACCAGAUCCGCGUGCUGGAACAACGCACGGCGCAGCUGGAUCCAUCGCCCGCAGAAGCGGUGGACACCGCCGAAUUCCUCCUACAUUUCGUGCCACUGCUUGUUAAGCUUAUCUUGGCGCAACGGCAAGUACAGAUUGCAAUGCUUCGAUGGAUUGCAAACUUGAAUCGUGCGUUUGGCAUGGACGUACUUCGACCAGUCUCCACGGCCAUCGUUGCGGGUGUCCUCAAGUCGUCGCGGGGUCUUCGUCGACAAUUCGUCAUGCAGACUCUUAUCCAUGCGACUCGCUUCGACACACAGAUUGUCCUCGCCGAAAUGGACCGCCGCGACAUGAACGAUCGAGCAGUUCGCGUCGAAAUGCAUCGAUACAUGUCAACCAUAUUCAAAGAAUGGUCGCCGUACGACAUGCAGUAUCGUGCCCCCUCUCCAUCGCAACCAGUCCUGCCAACCCAUGCAGCCGCCCCACCAUCCUCGUCGCUUCCAAGCGCCCCAAUUGCAGCUUGACCAAACUUGACUAAAUACUAAUCGUUCUAUGGCUCGUUCAUGUGCGAUCCAUAGCCACUGGUG